AUGGCUUCUUUCAGUGGGCAGAGCGACUUGCUUGAGCUGAACGAAUCAGGCUUUGACUUUAGUGUUCAAUUCGAACAAUUGUUCUUCUCUAUCAUUCCAUCAGCUUGUUUCAUUGUCUUCUCGAUAUGGCGUUCACUGAGCCAGGCUAGAAAGCCCACUGUGGUUGAAGCUCCUGUGUUCCAGCUCAUUAAACUGAUCUCAAUCGCGACAUACAUCUGCCUCGAACUAUCGCUCGUUAUUCUUGUCGCUUUGGGUACUUUUCAAGCCACUGGCAUUUUUAUAGCCUCUUCAGUUCUCAAGCUCGUUUCGGCUCCAUUGAUGGCCCUUCUGAGCCUGAUUGACCAUUGCAAGAGUCUGCGACCAUCUGUUCUACUCAACAGUUAUUUAUUCCUGACGCUGCUUUUCGAUGCCGUCCAAGCGAGGACAUUAUUCUUAACUUGGACAAUAAAACCAGGAUUGACUUACAGCAGUAUUUUCACUACGACAAUCGCUCUCAAGCUCGCCAUUUUGCUACUUGAAGCUCAACGAAAGACAAAGUAUGUGGUUUGGAACGAAAAGGAGCGAAGUCCGGAAGAAACGAGCGGCAUCUUCUCUCUCGGAGUCUUCUUCUGGCUAAACAAGAUCUUUCUGGAAGGGUACCACAAGGUGCUACGGCUUGAGGAUCUGUUUCCCCUUGAUACGUCGCUUCAUGGCAAGCUCUUGCACGAGGAGUUCUCUAAGCACAUGGACUACUCGAAGCUCAAGGCUAGCAAGUUGGGAUUAGUCAAGGUAUUACUUCGGACGCUGAAGAUUCCUCUACUCCUACCAGUUCUUCCACGUCUGGCGCUUCUAGGGUUUACCUUUUGCCAACCGCUUUUUAUCGAGAGACUACUGGCGCACUUAUCCGAACCCAAGAUCGGCAACAACAUCGGAUAUGGUCUUAUUGCUGCGAGUGUUCUGAUCUACUCUGGUAUUGCGAUUUCUUGGGCACUUUGCUGGCAAGUCAAUCAAGGGGGGUACUCAAGGCUGCGUUAA